AUGAAUCCGCAUUCCCCCCAGUACUGCUGCAUUUCUGUCUGCAUCCGGGUGGCUGGCAGCCCUCAGCCCGAGGUGCGCAACCUGGCCACGCCCGACCCCGCCCCCGCGGCGAAGAGCCCCGCCGCCGGCAGUGCCACGGGGUCCAACGCCCCGGCCGCCGCCCCCCUGGCGCUGCCCAGCGCCGAGGGCGUCGACUUCCGCGUGCUGACCCUGCCCGUGGUCGUGGCCGCCCUCUUUGGCGGCGGCGUGGCCUGGUACAUCCUGGACCCGGGUUUCAGGCUCCUGCUCAAGGAGGGCGCCCUCAAGGACAGCAACGAGUACGCGGGGUACGAGAAGGAGCUCAAGGAGGGGCGCCUGCCCAACUCCCGGGGCCAGUACAAGACCACGGUGCAGACUCGGCAGAUGAAGGCCGGGAACAAGGGGUGA